AAAAAAGAGGAAGACGAGGAAGAAGAAAAAAGUAAAGAGACAAAGACAGAAGCCCUUUGAAGAAAAUGUCAGGCACAAAGUGAAGACGCCCAUACUCUCGAGUCUCUUUCUCUUUCUCUUUCUCUUUCUAGUUUCUACUUCUCUCUCCCUCUCUCUCUCUCUCUCUCUUACCACCAUCCUCUCCUCCUUCCCUCCCAUGAAUCCCAACAAAACCGAAGACCUCCUCUUCUCUCACCACCUCCACCCUCAUGAUCUGGACCCACCACCACAACCUCCUCAGAUCCUGCAAUCCCAGCCGUCCAUUCCUCUCGAUUCCCAAAACGACCCCACUUUCUCCCUCCCCGAAAUUGUCCUCUUCCGCUCCCCCUCCUCCCCUUCCACCUCCUCCUCCUCCUCACCCACCCACUCCUCCACCGAACCCGACCCUGGCGCCGCCUCAAACCCGGCUCCGAAGCUCCACAUCAGCCCGGAGCCCCACAUCUCCUCCCAGUUCUACACCUUCAACCCGGAGUCCCACUCCCUGAUGAUCCGCUGCCUCCUGGAGCACCGGCUCGCCACCCCACCCGAGAUCCGUGCCGCCACGCCGCGCGCCGUGCUCAAGUCCUGGCGCGCCGUCUGGAAAGACCGCAACGAGGACACCGCUUACCUCACCGCGUGGAAGCGCAUCCAGGACAAGCUCUCGGCCAACGUCGACCCCACCACCGGUAAUCAAUUCCUUUGCUUCAAAAACAAUUCCCAGCAAUUCGUUUCCCACAUUAACCAGUGGCAGGACAUAGUCAUGACCUUCCACUCCGACACGGACAUCAAACACCUAGGGCUUAAGGAGACCGUAGAGAGAAUUAAGCAGGUCUGGACCGUAGGUGCCAAAUUCUACGGCAUUCCCGAGAGUUACAUUAGGGUUUGUGUUGCCGCAUGCCCAGUGUGCUCCGCAGCGUCGUCGGGAGGGUCCUCCGGGGCUGCCGCUGCACGGACUAAGAGGCGUAGGUUUGAGUAUACCGAGUCCUUUGAUGUGCCGGCCAAGGAAGUUCCCAAUAGGCUUCAGCAAUUGGCUGCCAAGCAUAAGGUUGUGCUCUGCAUUAGGCAGAAGUAUAUUAGGUAUAAGCCGUUUAUGGCGGAGGUGAAGGACUAUGCUUGUCAUAGGGCAGGUGAGCCUGCCGCAAAGAAGUCAAAGAUUUUGAAGAGGGAGCCUUAUGCGUCGAAGCGAUGUGGGUGCGGGUUUAGGAUUAGGGCCAUUGUACCAAUUGCAAAUUAUAAUGAGAAAGAUAAGACUUUUGUGUAUCAAGAAGAGGGGAUGGCGGUGUUUAAGUUGUAUGCGGUUCAUACUGGGCAUGAGCCAGGGCCGUUGGAUGGGAAUGCGAGGAUUAUGCAUCGGGUUGUGGGGCAUAAGGGUGCCUUUCUGAUGGACCAUGAUACAGCGGUGUAUGGGGUGAGUGAGGAAUUGGAGAAUGACGGGUUUGGGUUGAUGGGGAAGGAUGAUGGGGAUUUGCAGCUUUCGGUUUUGCAGCAGGUGCAGGAAUUGAGAGCCGAGGUUGGGUUCUUAGAAGGCAAAGUUGCUAAACUCCCAAUUGAGUUAUUGGGUUCGGUGUCUCGAGAAUUGUGUGAGAUUGUGAAUAAAGUUAGGAGUAUUGGGGAAGAUGGUUUAAAGGCAAUUGGGAUGAUCUCUCACAAGCCGCAUUCAGAUGAUGUGUUGGUUGGGGAGAAUGAUUUGGCGCAUUGGAGUGAUCAUCACCAUGAAAGAAUAUAUGGGGAUGGCAAGGACACAGAUUUGAUUGAAGAUGAUGAAGACAGUUUUGGGCGGACUCUUGGCGAUGUUGUUCCAUGGGACCAAAUGAGGGAAGAUUGUAGGAGUCAGAAGGAUCUGAUGACUGAGUCUUGUAAGCCUGAAAAGUGGUUGAAAUGCAGUGACUUUGACGAGAAAAGCAUUCUUGAUUGUGAAGAUACUAAACUAACCAAGCCCAUUAGACAUGAUGAGGCCAUAGUUGCAGAUGUAGGUCUUGUUGGUAUACAGGUUGAUAGUUUCUACCAAGAGAAUCCUAAAUGGUAUGAUUCUCCUUGUGGUUUGGACACCGGUGCAGAUUGCGAGGAUAGUGGAUUCAGGCAUGGUGAGAUUGUGUAGAUUCCUCAACAGCAUGGUUAAUCUACUCUUCCGUAGUCGUGGAUUUUUAUUGUAGCCAUUCAUCACUUCUCAUAGUUGGAAGUGGGUUGUACAUUAAUGUAUACAGAAGAACUUGAGCCACUCACGUGCUUUUUAGGUGUGUUUGCUCGUGUGGUUCUGUAAAGGAUAGCCCAAUUGGGCUUCUCUGCACAUAUGUGUUUUUUUAACUAUCUGUUAACAAUGUUCUUGGCCUCCAUAA